AUGAGCACGGGGACGGCCCAUCGGAGCCCUAGCUCUAGUCAGCCCAAGGCGGCCCACCUAGCGGUCCAGGGAUCAGCUCACACGCUCCCCAAAGCCCCGCCCACCCGCCCACCAGGACAGCCUCGGAGCCCCGCCCCCUGCCGGGGACCACCACGCCCCGGAAAAACCGGCCCCCCGGAAGUCCCGCCCCCCGCAGGGCCCCUCACUCCUCGGCAGUGCCCAACCCGUAGCCCCCCCGCCUCCCCGCCCGGGAGUUCUCUGUGCUCCCAGACCCUUUCCCCGAGGCGCUCCUCCAACCCAGACCAGGAACUCCCCAAGACCCCUUCCUCUCGCAUCCCGGUGGGAAUGGGGAGUCCCGGGGGUGGGAACGAGCAGAAGAAACUGAUCCCUCACCCACCACCGAGCAGCGGCCUGGAGAACCCCGCCCCUUUCCCCACCCCCCUUCGUUAUUAUUGCUCCUUCCUCAUCACCAGGGUCUGCUGCCCCUGUGCACUAGGAGGAGCCUCGCAGACGGUCCUUGUUAUGGCCGGGGGACCACCACUGCAAGACUCAGAGGAGCUUCCAUCUGAGGACCCGACCCAAGGGGAGCUAAGCUCCAAAUAUCCGUCCAUGUAUCUGCGUAGGCCGAAGGGAUCGGGGUCUGGAAAGAGAAAGCUACACUCGCCCUAUGACCGCGGUGCUCGGGAGAAGAGGCCCUUCCGGGGCCCCUGCGCGGGCCGGCUCCUGCUCCCUGCCCUCUUCCUGCUGCUCCUGGGAUUGGCCAUCGUGGGAUUCUGGACGUCCGUGUUGCCGUGGCCCCCUUGGGAGGCCGAGGCCGAGCCAGCGGCCGGGGACAGCCCUGCGGACUGCAGCCUGGUGCUGGCUGAGAGCAUCCCAGAGGGCAUGAGCUUCGGGCCCGGAGGCCCCCGGCAUCUCUCCACCCACCGGGCCUGGCUGCAGCUGAUCCACAGAGCCCAGAGCCGAGUUGACAUCGCGGCCUACAACUUCACUCUGCGGUCCAGAGCCACCGGCAGCGCCCACCCCUCGGGCUGGCAGGGCCACGAGAUCCUGGACCGCCUGCUGUCCCUGCCCGGCCGAGGGGUUCGGUUACACGUCGCCAUGAACAGUCCCCAGCCCUCGGACAUGGACGCGGAUGAGCUGGGCAGGCGCGGAGCCACGGUGACCCCAGUGCACAUGGAGCAGCUGACCGGAGGCAUCGUCCACUCCAAGUUCUGGGUGGUGGACGGCCGGGAUGUCUACGUGGGCAGCGCCAAUUUGGAUUGGCGGGCUCUCACCCAGAUCAAGGAGCUAGGAGCCGUCCUGUACAACUGCAGCCCUGUAGCCCGGGACCUGCUCUCCAUCUUCAACAUGUACCAGGCCCUGGGAGGGCCCGGGGCCAUCCUGCCCACCGCCUGGCCCCCUCGCUUCUCUGCCGGCUCCAGCCUCCAGAAGCCCAUCCGCCUGCACCUCGAUGGUCACCCAGCUGACGUGUACCUCUCGAGCUCCCCGCCAGCCCUGUGUGCCCCCGGCCGCACGUCGGACCUCCAGGCCAUCCUCAGCACCCUAAGCCAGGCUCGCAAGUUCGUCAAGGUCUCCGUCAUGGAUCUGAUGCCUCAGUGCAUGUUCUGCCAGCCCAAGAGAUUCUGGCCGGAGCUGGACUCGGCCCUGCGGGCCGCGGCCUGUGACCGGCGGCUUCCUAUCCAGCUGCUGAUCAGCUGCUGGCGUCACUCGGAUCCUAAUAUGUUCAUCUUCCUGGAGGCCCUGAGCAUCCUGGCCCAGCCGCCUCUGUCCUGCCCUCUCCACGUGAAGCUGUUUUCGGUGCCCGUGAGUGGGGACCAGUGGCAGAUCCCUUAUGCCCGGAUGAAUCACAACAAGUACAUGGUCACUGACCAGGCCGCCUACAUCGGUACCUCCAACUGGUCCCACGAUUACUUCCUCCGCACCACGGGCGUGGCGCUGGUGAUCACGCGGCCCCGAGGGGCCCAGAUGCUCCCGGUGCAGAGAGAGCUUGGGGCGGUCUUUGAGCGAGACUGGACCUCUCCCUACGCCCUGCCCCUGAGCCCCCACCCCCCCUGCGCUGCCCGGGGCCCAGAAGGGACCGGCUAGCUGGGGCUUGGCCAGCCUGCUUUUAGCCUGGAGCUGGGGGGAGGGAAGUGCCGGACAUACAGCCCCAGCAGGACGGCUCCGGUCCUCAGGACGCUCCCCUUCCAAGCUGGGAAAGCGACAGUUACGUUUCGGUCAAUAAAGAUGACGUUCGGCGGGCUGGAUGCAGAGGAAUGGGGGCGCCCCCAGCUGGCUCUGGGGUGGGAGAGGGGAUGGGGGGGGAGAAGGAAGGGGGAGAGGGGAGGGGAGCUGCAGCGCCGGGCUGAAGUUUGCAGGGAUAGCACGGACCCAAGCCCUUCGGGUACAGCCUCCCCCGGGGGUUAACUCGGCCGAGAGCCGUGUAGAACCCUGGGAAGACGGGCUGACAGAGCGAGGGGGAAAUGGAAAGACUUGGGCUUGGCCAAUAAUGAAAACUCUUGCUUGACCGCG